CAAUUUAACAAUUGAACAUCAAAACUGUAUUGUACGGCGUAGCGCCAACAAAAGGCACGCCUUCACUAAAAAAUUAUUGGAUCGUUCAACAAAAACAAAGUACUCGGACAUCCCUAGACCCCUUCGCUCGCUUCUAGGCGGAUGGCGGUUCAAGUCGGGAGUGUUUUUUGUAAACUUUAGAUGUCGUUGACUAUUUAAAGUUAGGUAGUCCGCGUUAGGUAGUCGUGGCGUUCCCUUGCAGCGUUCCUUUUCCCGGUGGAAGUGGCGCGUUCUCCGCGAGCAAGUGACAUAUUUCGGGGCAAAGCGGCCACCGCUUUCGGCCGGUGCACACGUUUCGUUAGCUUCACUAUUUUAAAAACUCUAUCUACUUGCCGGUAUCCGGGAAGGGACGACCGCCGGCACCGCGCACCGUGCCGCUCAUUGCCGAUGCAGUCGACCUGCGUACGCGUCGCUACGUUAGCCGCUUGACGUGCGUUCGCGCCCGUUCCCAUGCACCUUUCAUUGUUGAUAUGUUGUUAUGUUAUUUUUAAAUGUGCGUAAACUGCGUCAGCCAAUGAACUCGUUGUAAACAAAUAAAGUGCCUUAUUUUGAUGAUGUUUGUUACGAAGAAGAGGUGAUAUUUGUUGGUGCUGUUAAGUUUCUUCACACACGAUGAGCGGGAGGGAAGGCGGAAAUGCAGUUCCGUCUUCGAGUGUCGGCAGCACAGCGGUCGCGGGGGCGGCGCCGGCGGGGGUGACGGGGGUGACGCGGCACGGCCGCUGCAAGUGGUUCAACGUGGCUAAGGGCUGGGGGUUCAUCACGCCUGAUGACGGUGGCCAGGAUGUGUUUGUGCACCAGAGCGUCAUCCAGAUGCCAGGGUUCCGGUCGCUAGGCGACGAGGAAGCCGUAGAGUUCGAGUGUAAGGAGUCCGACAAGGGCCUUGAGGCCACGCGGGUCUCCGGGCCCUCGGCCGUGGACUGCCAGGGCUCGCAUCGCAGGCCGCUCUCCAAGAAACGGUUCAGAAAAAUACGUUGCUACAAUUGCGGAGAGUUCGCCAACCAUAUAGCCGCCAAGUGCAACAUCGACCCGCAACCAAAGAGGUGUCACAACUGCAAGAGCGAAGACCAUCUCAUUGCUGAUUGUCCUACAAAGGUUGAAAAGAAGAGUGAUCAGCAAACGAAGAGUUCUGGCAGUUCCCAAGACAGCCAAGAAGGAAGCCCGUAGCAACCAUGAUGGAUAUCCUAGAUCAGGCAUUCUAGCGGCAUUGGUUCUUUAAUUUUACAAACAUAGGACACAAGCAAAGAAUGCAAAAUGAUACGUAAAAACAAAUCACUAUUUACUUAAAUUAACACGUAACUAUCUACCUCAGAUACAUCUUAGUAACACAAGAUACACAGAAAGUACAAAGCAAGACUGAUAAGUACAAAAUAUAUCAUUAAACUUAUUUAAUUUUGUUAUUACAAUAUUAAGUUUAACUUUAGUGCGCUAUAAGAUACCUGAUUUGUUGCUAAUUUAGUUGUAACAUACUCAAUAGCUGAUGAUUUUAAAAACUUUUCGAGUUUUUUGACCUUCCAAAUUUUUCUUUCAGUGCAUACAUAACAAUUGUCGCUACCUUUUUUUUAUUACAAAAAAAUACAUCUAAAACAUAAUGGAGCUAAAAUGUGCAAGGAAUAUAGCCGACGGCAUAAUUAUGAUUGUAGGUAUCUUCGAUGUCAAAACAUUUUGAAAGUGACAUAUCCUAAUUUUACCUAAGUAAUAAAAAAUACACUCUUAAAUAGUACAUUACAUCAGAGGCCGGGAAAAUGAGGAUUUCCGGCCAAGUGG